AUGCGUCCCCGACUCCCAAUCAGCAGGAUACUCCGUCUCCGACCCUUCCGCCCACCCAAUUCCCCCCGUCUCUUUACCCACAACACAAUAAAACCCAGACCGACUCUACAAUUCCUCGCUCCAUUGCGUCGUCGUCCAGCAGCCGCCCGCUUCUUCACCACCGAGAACAAAGAACGGUACAAGCGCGAUGUCAAACUCGGUCUCAAGCUGAGCUUUGGAGUGAUGGGAAUCGCGUGUAUGGCGUUUAUAAUGUUGAACACAGUGGCAGACGAGGUGUGGGAACGCAAAUACAAUCCCCCGAUGGAGUGGAGGUACAGGACUCGGCAGAAAUUUGUUCACGCCAUGUUGGCAUGCGACCCGGAGAAUGCUGCACAGGAUACUAUUGAGUGGUCUGAUGUUGGGGAGUUAUUUGAGAUUAUGGUCAAGAGACUUGAGGAUCCCAAUGGUGAGGGGGCGGGGUUGGUGAGAAGUGAUGUCUUGGUGGAGGAGAUUGGGAAGACGGGGUACGAUGUCUCGAUGAAAUCUGAGGAUUGGCGGAGGGGCUACUAUAAUUGCUUGAUGGGGGCGGCAAAGGGGGCGGAAUAUAUUGAGGAUAUGGUUCGUGAUAAGAACACUGGACGAAUAACACCAAAGAAAUAUGUUAUUGGGCCCUCGAAUCCAGAUCCAAAACCGGUGCUGCCGAAUUCACACUAUACGGCUCCGAACGAAGAGGAUACAGAGGUAGCAUUUGAUAAAGCGGAAGUGUGGUAUAUGCGAAUUCUCACCACGCAAGGCUUCACACAGAAACAGUAUGUGGAUGCAGCACUUGCCCAUGCCGCAUUUUUGGAUUAUCAGAAGGCACCCGAGGCAGCAAUGGAAAUGUACUCGUGGGCCAUGGACAUCGCCCGUUCUUCCCUACCAGAGGAAUCGAAAGCAAUAAUCGACCCCAAAACUGGAAUCCUUGAUAUCAAAAAAGGACUACCCAGUCUAAACCUCAUAAGCAUCAGUACCGCCCUGGGCAUCCACCACGCCUCACACUCCAACCUCUCUCUCGCCCUCCCAAUCUUCCUCUCCGUCCUCCGUGCCCGCCGCUCAUCUCCUCAACCUCCUCCAUCCCCACCAAAACACCAACCACCAAAAGAUGUUAUACACAGAAUCAAAGAAUUCAUCCACAUGUGCCUCGUCCGCCCUCCUCCCCCUCCUCUCCCCGUCGACGGUACCGCCCCUCCCCUCCGUACACCCGAAGAGCUCUGCCAGGAAGCAGGCAUAAUGAACUACAUCGGAGAAAUCCUCUACGUCUCGGAAACAUCCGUUUCUUCAAAAGAAGACGCCCUAGCAUGGACGCGCGAAGCGGUGGACGUCUCCGAGGAACAACUCGCUCACGCCCAGCUGGAUAGACAGGGCACGAAGAUAUGUAAAGAGUGUCUGCAUGUCGGAGUGGGCAACUGGGAUCGCAUGGUCAGUAUGCUCGCGUCCGCGGAGCGCAAGGAGCGAAAGGCGAAUGAGGGGAAGGUCGUGGGUGGCUGGCUGGGAUUUGGGGGCAAGGAACAGCAGAAGGGUUUCUUGGGGAGGUGGGAGAGUGAGGAGGGGGUUGUGAGGGAUAGGAUGAAGAGGGCGGCUCUUUUGCUGUGA